AUGGCGUCCCAAAGCAGCCCGGCCGGAGCGCCGCCCGGUUUCCCUAAACCUGCGAACUACCUUGCCGCCGCCGAUCUUCCCCGUGCCCUCGAACGCUGCCGCGUGCUGCUGGACGAGCUGCUGCAACAUGAGGACGGGUGGAUGUUCGCCAAGCCGGUGGAUACAUACGAACUCGGACUCCGCAACUACCACUCCGAAAUCCGCCAACCCAUGGAUCUCGGCACCGUCCGCCGCCGCCUUGAACGGCGUCGCUACCAGAACCCGCUCUGCUUUGCCAGUGAUGUCCGGCGUACCUUCCGCAACGCCAUGACCUACAACUACAAGGGCGAUGAUGUGUAUAAGAGUGCUGAUGUGCUCUCUCGCAUCUUCGAGUCAGGGUGGGCCUCCAUUUCUGCAACGCUCCAGUCGCCACCGCCGGUCGCCGAGCGCAGGGCAAGGCUCAAGGAUAAGCUGCCGCGGCUGCCGGUGGACUUGCAGUACAAAGCGGCCGUCAUUAUGAAGGACGUAGGCGGGUGGAUCCAGGAGGUGGAUGGGAGGGUUGAGGUGGAUUUGGACAAGGCCGACGAGGCGACUCUUGACAAGCUCGAGUGGCUGCUCGCUCUCGCCACUAUGAGGAAGGUAAUUAUUUUGUCCAUUUGCACUCCUUGUGUUUCUGAUUUGGGCAGUAUAAUUUUGCGAUGCUUGGUAGCAAUCUUGCCCAUCUUUAUUGCAAUGUUGUUUAGCGAUCUUGUCCAAACGUGCUCGUGUAGGCUGUGUUAA